CCGAAGGUUUCGGGGGGGGGGGGGGGAGGGUAUUAAGGAGCGGAAGUGGUGCGGGUUAGGGCAGCAUGUGGAGUUGGUGUGGGCUGAAUUUAAAGGCGAUGGGGUGCCUUAGUAGCUUUCAUUGCUGUCUCUUGGGACAGGUUUGUUUAAUGAUGGCCUCUCAGGACUCAGCCCUGCCUGAGCUGUUCACCAAAAUAAAAGGUGCUGAAAGAACCUGGGACAAGGCAAGAGAAGAUGACGGAGGGGGCAAGAUAUCCUGGGUGAAGGAAAGAAACAGCAUCUGUGACCCAGAUGCUGAAGGCCUAAAUGGAGCCCUUCCAGCCAAGCUGCUGGAAGAAGGAGGAGGAAACCGGGAGUUGUCCCCAUCUCCAGUACAGGGUGAAAAGCAUUUGAUAAUGCUGCAGACUGUGCAUUUGAAGGAAGGGGAAGAAGACGUCCAGGGGGUCAGUCAGUUGAAUAUUCAGCAGCAGAGUGGGGUGCACAUGGUAGUACAACGAGGAGCAAGUGUCUUGCAGCCCUUGGUAGUAGUGCAACAGGGAGUAGGUGCUCAGCAGAAUCUACCCACAGGUGUAGCAAUAAGUAUACAGGAUGGUGUUUAUACAUUUCAUGACGUGGAGGUGAUGCAGAUUAAUGUUUUGCAAGAAAAAGUACAGGCAAAAGAUGAAGAAAACCAGUCCAUGGAUAAACCCCCAGGAAUGCUACUGAUUAAGUUAACUCAGAUGUUCACAAGUAUGCUGAUUGACAGAAGUAAAGAUCUACAUGCAGUUGAAGGUAAGGUCCAGCAACUGCCUCCAAAUGAAGAGGGAAGAGAAAAGGACAUUUUCAGUGUUGAGAAAGCAAAGAUCUUGAGCUGUAAAGCCAAAGAUGAUAUGUCAGUGUCACACUAUGAACACAAAGAGCAAGAAGAAGAAGCAGUUAUAAAAAAACCUGACACUCUAGAAGCUCAAACAAACACACAGCAUAGGAAAAAAGGGGAAAAGGUGAUCUUCCAUUGUGAUCUGUGCGCAUUCACCUCUCUUAGAAUAUCAAGUCUUAAUCGUCACAUGAAAACCCAUUCUGAUGAAAAACCCCAUGUGUGUCACCUCUGUCUUAAGGCUUUCCGUACAGUUACUCUCCUGCGUAACCAUGUGAAUACACAUACAGGGACCAGACCGUAUAAGUGCAGUGACUGUGAGAUGGCAUUUGUGACCAGUGGUGAGCUUGCACGACACAGGCGAUAUAAGCACACUCUAGAAAAACCCUUUAAGUGCUCAAUGUGUAAAUAUUCUAGUGUAGAAGCAAGCAAAUUGAAGCGUCACCUUCGUUCACAUACAGGAGAGCGUCCUUAUAACUGUUAUCUCUGUAGUUAUGCUAGCAAAGAUACCUAUAAGCUGAAAAGACAUAUGGUAACUCAUUCAGGAGAAAAACCCUAUGAAUGUUAUGUUUGUCAGGCCAGAUUCACACAAAGUGGUACCAUGAAAAUCCAUAUAUUACAGAAGCAUAGUGAAAAUGUGCCCAGAUACCAAUGUCCACAUUGUAACACAUUUAUUGCAAGAAAAAGUGAUUUGGGCGUUCACUUACGGAACCUGCAUUCCUACCUGGCCGUAGCGAUGAAGUGCCGUUAUUGUGAAGCUCUUUUCCAUGAGCGCUAUGCUCUUAUUCAGCACAAGAAAACUCAUAGAAAUGAAAAGCGAUUCAAAUGUGAUCGAUGCAGUUAUGCAUGCAAGCAGGAACGACACUUGAUUGUGCAUAUGCGUACACAUACUGGUGAGAAACCCUUCACUUGUGUAUGUUGCAGCAAAUGCUUCCGGCAGAAGCAGCUUCUAACUGUUCACUUCAGGAAACACCAUGAUUCCAAUUUUAAACCAACAGUUUAUGAAUGCCCUAAAUGUGGCAAGGGCUAUUCACGCUGGAAUAAUAUGCAUAAGCAUGCUGAAAGCUGUGGAUUGGUGAGGGCAAAAGCUGUUACACGCCGCAAAGGAAACAAGGGCAAAAAGAAAAGAUGCGACAGACUGAAACAUGAUGUUAAGCAAGAAGCUGUUGACCUGGGAUCAUUCCAAGAUGUUUCCUUUGUGAACACGGAAUGCUGUGCCAGUGAGAUUGUCCCUGUCGUAUAUGGAAUAGAAACAAGUACUCCGAGGGAGCAGAAAACAGAAAUGACUUGUGAAAUGAUCCUCAACAUGAUGGACAAAUAAUACAAACACAAGUUCUGAUUUCCAUCGUUAAUGUACAGAAUCUCAGUUUGUAUACUAGUGCAAAGUUUGUAAGCAUGUUAAGGGAAGUAAGCUGUAGAAGGUAUUGGUUUCUGUAAAAGUUGCUAAAAAGUUGUUAGCUAAAGUUACAUGGAAGCAACAUAUGUUCUAACAUGUUCAUAUCAGCGUCAAAGAAAAACAGAUCUUAAAACUAGGCCAUGGAAAAAAAGUAGGUUGAAUUUAUUCAAUUUACUUUUCAUUUUUCUUCCAGCUUUAGUUACAGAAUUACAUACAAUUUUCAAGCAAAUUUAUUCCUCAGUAGCUCUGUGCUCCUGUCAGAUCCAGAUCUGUGUGACCUUCAGCUUGUUUGCAUUUACCUCAUGGUGAGCACAUUGUGAAAGGCAAUAUUAUUCUGAUGCAAAGAACAUAGCUAGGUCUUCUCUCGGAACACUAAAGAUCUCAACAAAUCUGUACUGUUUUACCCUAGUAUAGUACUUAUCUUUAUAUAAAUCUGAGAACCAUGAUAUGCAGCCAGAUACCCUGUCAUUAAGUUUAUUGUAACGUUAUUAACUUUACUAUAUAUAUAUAUACUUUUAAUCUCUUAAUUUUAAAAAGGACACUUCUUCUAUAACAUAACAACCAAGCCUCAGAAUUGGGUAAGCCCUUGGGCAGAUUCUCCUCCCAUUUAACACCAGUUUUACACAGGUGUAACUCCAUUGAUCUCAGUUGGGGCACUCAUGCUUUCCACCAGGGUGGGAGGAGAAUCAGACCCCUUAUUUUUUUGUUGAUUUUUAGGACUUUUAUAACCACUUUGUGCUAUAGUGUGAAAAGCUUUAGUAGAGUAGUAAGACCAUCAGGUGGCCUGUGAUUGAAUGUUAUCUAGCAAUUUUCAUUUUCCUAACUGUUUUCUUGUAGUUUGCUUUUUGAAUAGCUAUCUUGUAUUUAGCUACAUGCAUAUGACUGUAAGAAUGGGUUUAUACUUGGGACUUGAUCCAGAGCAUAUAAAGGUCAUUUGAAAGAUUCCCAUUGACUUAAAUCACUUUGGUUCAGGCCUCUAAUAAUGUAUGCUUAUGUUUAAAAAACAUGAAAAGUAUUUUAACAGUGUUCAUGGGACAUACUGUAUGUAAAAGCAAUGAAAUUCUAGUCGUUCUAGCUUUUUACCAAUUUGUUGGAAUCCCCACUUUUAUACCAGACUUUCUGCUUAGUUUUCAUGACAAUCACAAAUAGUACCAUUCAUUGUUGUUGGUUACAGUGAGCAAAACCAAUUUUUGCAUUAUUCACUCAUUUUUACUUUCAUUUACAAAUAAUAUUUGAAAGCAUGCUCAAAAUAUCAAAUAUAUACUUUAAAUAUAUACUAGCAUUUUCAGUGAAAACAUGCUUUUUAAAACUAAUUUUAAUGACAAGUCAUAAUGAAUAAAUUUUAUUUUAAUUAAAAAAAACCCCAACAUAUAUUUGAUUUUCAGAUGUGGAGUAUGUUAUAUAUCUGGAUUGUUUUUAUGAGUGUUACAAAUCCUGCUGUCUUUACUCAAUCAAAACAUCAUCAUUAUAACUUCAGUAUGGGUUUUGCCUGAGGAGAAAUGCAGAAUUUGGUUCACUUUAUUUGGCUGACAGCCUAAUUGUAAUGUUUAAAAAUAUUUUAACACAAAGCUAGACAUACUGUAAAUUCAAACUGAUACCCCACUUAUAUUCUGCAUGUAGACCUAAUUAUGUACUAUAGGUUUUUAAUUAUCCUUUUAACAGUGCUUUUGUAGCCAUGACAAUAAGAUUCUUCUGUGUUCUGUGCAUUCCAGGUUAACUGAGUUUAAGUAUUCAUAUCUGAAAGAACACUUACAUGUUUUUAUUACUUUUGAGAGGUUAAUACAUGCAUGUUUAUUUUCAAUUAAUAUACUGUUAUGAACUUUAUCCCGUCCUUUACAUGGCAGGUAUAACUAGAUAGCUUGUAGAAGCUACACUACUUCAAAAUAAGGCCGAUCCUGUGAUAUGCUGAGACUCAUUACCAUUACAAGUGGGAAAGCAAUCUCACCCUCUUGUGCACCAACACACAUCUAGGAGUUAAUGGUGGUGAGCAACUCACCAAAGGCACUCAUCAUCUUUCAGACUGGAGUACCCAAAUUAACGAGAUAUAGAGUGAUGCAUGCUACCACAGGACAGGAUCAAAUCUUUAAACAACUACUGAUAUAACUACUUAUUACAGUAUUUACGGCUUUGAUAAUGCAGUUGGAUACCCCGUCCAGUUUUGUAGUGUAAGUAAUUUAGAAUCAUUGGGAAGGCGGUGUACUUGAAUCAGUUAACCUUGCUAGCUUGUUUAACCCAUGUUCCAUAAUAACAAUGUUAUGUGGCUGUUCAGAUUCAUAGUCUGUGUUCAUAUUCUAUGGCAGUUUGUUUAAUGAUAAUGUUUAUCCAUUUCUAAUAAGCUAAUAGUUAAUGCUGAUUACUUAAAUUACCUAACAAGAGCUAGGUUUUAAGAAUGGUUUUGUUUCUAUAAUGAAAGUGUGAAUGGUAUUGUUGGCCUAGCAUGCACUAACGGUAACAUUCUUCAUCUGAAAAUCAGAAUAUUGGUUUCGUUCUUUAAAAUUCAUAACAUUGUUGUGUAAACAUUUGACCAUUUUCUGU